AUGUCAAGUAUGCCUCAGCAUCAACAGAUGCCUGCACAACACCAGCAACAACAACCACAAUUCAAACCAAGAUCUAGUGCCAAUGCCAUGCCAACGAUAUCUUAUUCACCAACUGAUAUAACAAUACCUCCAACAUUAUAUGAUAAAAUUCCAAACCUAAAGGAGUAUAAAAGAUUAAAAGAAGCAGAAAGGAAAAUUGAUUUAUUAAUUGCAAGAAAGGCUUUAGAUUUUCAGGCUAUACAACAAAAAACCAUACAUCCAUUUGAAUAUAAAACAAAUACAGGUUUAUUAAGAGUAUUUAUUUUCAAUACCUCUGAAAAUCAACCAUGGCAACAACAAAAGAACUCCGAUCAACAACCAACAUGGACCUUAAGAAUAGAAGGUAGAUUCAUUGGCGAUAAGAAUACAGAAAUUGAAGAAAAUGCAGACUUAAAAUUUAGCUCAUUUUUAUCAGGUAUAUCAGUUGAUCUUUUACCAAAUGAAAAUUACCCAAAUAUUCAAGAAAAUAAUCAAAAUAUAAUAGAAUGGAGAGAUGAUGGAUCACAAAAUGUUAACAGACAUCCAAAUAAUGUAGGAUUUGAUGGAAUGGACAUCAAAAGACCUGGAAUUUUUAAUUUAAAAGUUAAAAUUGCAAUAAUGAUAAAAAGUUAUACCGCAAAAUUAAGAGUUACAGACGAUAUGGCAAGAUUUACUGGGAAAUUAGAAUGUACUCAACAAGAAGUCAUGUAUACGAUAUGGCAAUAUGCUUUACUGCACAAACUUUUCAAAAAUACAUCAAAAUAUAUGCACGUCCCAGCAGUAGAAACAACAAAUAUAAUGCCAGAACAAGAUCAAGAUAGUCAUGAUGAUUUAACAUUGACUCAAUGUGAUGAAAUCUUGUAUGAUUUAUUAAAAGUCUCAGAAUUCAGAUUUUCAGAUUUGUAUAGAUUAAUUCAACCACAUUUUAAACCAAGAGAACCAAUUAUUUUAGAUUAUGAGAUUAACACCCUAAAAUCAACAACAUUAGGUGAUAUAAUAUUAGACAUCCCAGUAGAAUUACCAGUUAACUUAUCGAAAGCACAACAAGAGUUGCUCGACUUGAACAAAACUGCAUUUGAAAACUUAUCCCAUCACGAUACAAUAAUUGAAAAAUUGAAUCAAAAAAUUUCACUAGCUAUUAUAGCGUUAAGAAAUGCAAAUUCAAGAGAAAACUUUUAUUCCGAAUUAAGUAAAAAUCCCGUUAAAUUUAUUGAAAAUUGGAUUGAAACUCAGUCUGAAACUUUAAAAGCUUUGAAAAGUGAUGAAGGUUACGAAGAAGAAGUUGUUAGAAGAGCUAAAUAUUUUGAAGAUAAUGAAGAUAUGAUUAAAGAAAAAAUUGAUUUAUUGUUUGGUGUUAACAAAUUUUGA